CAGGAGGAUGUCCUGAAGCAUGGCCAGGCAUUCUGUUUUCUUCCUUUGCCAGUCAGAACUGGAUUAGCUGUGCAAAUCAAUGGUUACUUUGAGGUUUCCUCAAACCGCCGUAGCAUCUGGUAUGGAGCUGACAUGGACAGGGUUGGAAAACUUCGUUCUGACUGGAAUAGGCUUCUAUUGGAAGAUGUUGCAGUUCCUGCUUUUACAAGGUUGCUGCUUGAUCUACGAGGGUUAGUAGGUCCAUCUAAGUUGUAUUAUUCAAUAUGGCCCCAAGGUUCCUUUGAAGAGCCAUGGAGUCUUCUAGUGGAUCAGAUCUACAAAAGUAUUGGUAAAAUUCCAGUCUUAUACUCAUAUCUUGAGGGUGGAAAGUGGGUCUCACCUUCUGAAUCUUUUCUUCAUGACAAGGAGUUCAGUAAUAGUAAGGAACUUGGUGAGGCCCUUGUCUUGUUGGGAAUGCCUAUUGUUCAUUUGUCUUCUCCUUUAUUUGACAUGCUCCUGAAAUAUUCUUCUAGUUUUAAGCAAAGAGUGGUCAGUCCUGUGACAGUACGCCAUUUCCUUACAAGAUGUGAGUUGCUGAUUACAUCAAGUAGAUUUUACAAACUGGUAUUAUUGGAAUACUGUCUCCAAGAUCUGAUUGAUGAUGAGGUUGGUCAACAUGCAAGUAGCCUGCCUUUGCUUCCUUUAGCAAGUGGUGAUUUUGGAUCCUUUUCUGAAGCCUCAAAAGGAAUUUCAUACUUUGUCUGCAGUGAGUUGGAAUAUAUGCUGCUUCAACAAAUCCCUGAUAGAGUGAUUGAUCGUAAUAUUCCUUUGGACAUACUGAACAGACUGGCUGCUAUUGCAAUCUCCUCAACAGCCAAUAUUGUGGUUUUCAAUGUUCAGUGUCUACUGCAGUUACUACCUAGAUUUUUUCCUGCUCAGUGGCAAUAUAAAGAACGUGUUCUUUGGGACCCUGAAUCUAGUCUUAACCAUCCAUCAUCAUCAUGGUUUAUGCUCUUCUGGCAGUAUCUGAGAGAUCAAUGUGAUACUUUGUCUAUAUUUUGUGAUUGGCCCAUCUUGCCAACCACGUCUGGGUAUCUGUAUAGAGCUUAUAGGCGCUCAAAAUUGAUUAAUGCUGAAAAAUUGUCAGACACAUUGAGGGAACUCCUUGCUAAGAUUGGAUGCAAGAUACUAAACCCUAAUUAUGGAGUUGAACACCUUGAGUUAUCUCAAUAUGUCUCUGAUGUUAAUGGUGCUAGUGUAUUGGAAGCAAUUUUUGAUGUUGUCUCCUCGAAUGAGGGACUCCUGCGAUUAUUUCACAAUAAUAUUGAUGUAGAUGAGAAGAAUGAGCUUCGCCAAUUUCUUCUUGAUCCAAACUGGUAUGUCAAAGACUGUAUAGCUGAUUAUCACAUACGAAACUGCAGGAGGUUGCCUAUUUUCAAAGUAUAUAGUGGAGCUAGUCCUCAGACUUUCAAUUUUUCUGACUUAGAAAAUCCUCGAAAGUACUUGCGACCUUUUGAUGUUCCUGAUUAUUUCCUAGGAGGUGAGUUCAUUGGCAGCUUAUCAGAAAAUGAAGAAGAAAUUUUAUUAAGGUUUUAUGGGAUUGAGAGAAUGGGGAAGGCACGCUUCUUCAAACUAAAGAUGUUAAACAGAGUUGGUGAAUUGCAACCAGAAUUUCGUAACAAAUUGAUGAUUUCUAUCAUGCAAGACUUACCUCAUUUGUGUGUUGAGGACGCAUCUUUAAGAGAAGCUUUGAGAAAAUUAGAGUUUGUCCCCACACUAAGUGGUGUCCUAAAGUGUCCUGAGGUUUUAUACGAUCCUCGUAAUGAAGAACUAUAUUCUCUUCUGGAAGAUUCAGACAGUUUCCCAUCUGGUGUAUUCCAAGAAUCAGGUGUUCUGGACAUGCUAUUAGGUUUGGGCCUAAGGACAUCUGUAUCACCUGAGGCUGUCAUACAAAGUGCUCGCCAGGUUGAAUUAUUGAUGCAUAAGGACCAAAGAAAGGCACAUUUAAGGGGGAAAGUGCUUCUUUCUUACUUAGAAGUGAAUGCCUCUAAGUGGUCAUUCCAUUCACCAAGUGGUGGUCAAAGAACAAUGAACAAACUAUUGUCACAAGUGGCAACUACUUUCAAGCCUCGCAAUUUGGAAUUUGAUGUCGAGAAAUUCUGGAAUGAUCUUAGAAUGAUAUGCUGGUGCCCUGUUUUGGUUGAUGCUCCCUAUCCAGCUUUACCCUGGCCUGUGGUAUCAUCUAUGGUCGCACCUCCUAAGUUGGUCAGAUUACGUGCCGAUUUGUGGCUUGGUUCAGCGAGUAUGCGUAUACUGGAUAGUGAGUGUUCUUCAACUGCCUUAUCAUUUAACUUGGGCUGGUCUUCCCCACCGCCCGGAAGUGUAAUUUCUGCCCAACUUCUUGAACUUGGGAAAAACAAUGAGCUUGUUACAGAUCAGGUACUGCGGCAGGAGUUAACCCUAGCAAUGCCAAGGAUAUACUCUAUACUGACUCGCAUGGUUGGUUCUGAUGAGAUGGAUAUUGUAAAAGCUAUUCUAGAAGGGUGCCGCUGGAUUUGGGUUGGAGAUGGGUUUGCAACAUCAGAUGAAGUUGUCCUCAAUGGUCCUCUUCAUUUGGCUCCUUAUAUACGUGUCAUCCCUGUUGAUUUAGCUGUUUUCAGGGAAUUAUUUUUGGAGCUUGGCAUACGAGAAGUCUUAAAGCCCACAGACUAUGCUAAUAUUUUAUCUAGAAUGGCUGUGCAAAAAUCUGAUAUGCCGCUGGACCCACAAGAACUCAGGGCUGCAGUACUGGUAGUGCAGCAUCUGGCUGAAGUUCGGUUUCAGAAUCAGCAGGUUCAAAUUUAUUUACCGGAUGUAUCAUCCAGGCUAUUUCCUGCAGCCAAUCUAGUAUACAAUGAUGCACCAUGGUUGCUUGAUUCUGGAGAUCCAGAUGCUGCAUUUCUUGAUGCAUCUACUGUGGCUAUGAAUGGUAAUAGAACUGUUCACAAAUUUGUGCAUGGAAACAUUUCAAAUGAUGUUGCAGACAAACUUGGUGUAUGCUCACUUCGUAGGAUAUUGCUUGCUGAGAGUGCUGAUUCAAUGUAUUUGAGUUUAUCUGGGGCUGCAGAAGCCUUUGGGCAGCAUGAGGCUUUGACAACCAGACUUAAACAUAUAGUUGAAAUGUAUGCGGAUGGGCCUGGGAUUCUUUUUGAGCUGGUGCAGAAUGCCGAGGAUGCAGGUGCUUCUGAGGUUGUCUUUCUCUUAGAUAAAGCUCAGUAUGGGACAUCAUCUGUUCUUUCUCCUGAAAUGGCAGAUUGGCAGGGCCCUGCUUUAUAUUGUUUCAACAGUUCUGUCUUCAGCCAACAAGAUCUUUAUGCAAUAUCACGAAUUGGUCAGGACAGUAAACUGGAGAAGCCCUUUGCAAUUGGAAGAUUUGGGCUUGGCUUCAACUGUGUUUAUCAUUUUACAGACAUCCCUGCAUUUGUUUCAGGUGAAAACCUUGUGAUGUUUGAUCCUCAUGCCUGUAACCUGCCUGGGAUCUCUCCUUCCCACCCUGGCCUGCGAAUUAGAUUCGUUGGGAGAAGGAUUUUGGAACAGUUUCCUGAUCAGUUUACUCCAUUCUUACACUUUGGCUGUGAUUUGCAACAAUCUUUUCCUGGCACACUUUUUCGUUUUCCUCUUAGGACUGAAAGUGCAGCUUCUAGGAGCCAAAUAAAGAAAGAAAAGUAUUCAAUUGAAGAUGUCCUAUCACUCUUUUUUUCGUUUUCUGAGGUUGUGCCAGAGGCCCUUCUUUUUCUCCGAAAUGUUAAAACUAUCUCUCUUUAUGUGAAGGAUGGAGUUGGCCAUGAAAUGCAACUCCUUCAUCGUGUUAGCAGGGACUCUAUUAGUGAACCUAAAUCUGAGCCCAGUCCUCUGCAUCCUAUGCUUGGCUUUAUUCAUGGAAAUCAGCGGAGUGUGAUAGACAAGGAUCAGUUCCUCAACAUAUUAAGAAAAACCCCUGAUAGUGAUUUGCCGUGGAACUGUCAGAAGAUCAUGGUGACGGAGCAUAAGCCUUCUGGUGAUAUGUCACACGUUUGGAUAGUUAGUGAAUCUUUGGGAGGUGGACGUGCAAAGAAAAAAUCUAUAGCCUUGGAGAACAGGUCUCAUAAUUUUAUACCUUGGGCUUGUGUUGCCGCACAUUUGCAGUCUGUCAAUCUGCUGAAGACUGAGGAACCAAGUGACGUCACUGAAGGACAGUCUGUUGAUGGCAAUCCAGAUUAUUUUCAUGUUCCUUUGGAUUUUGUGCAAGAUAGAAGGGAAUUUGAGGGCCGUGCAUUUUGCUUCUUGCCACUGCCAAUUACUACAGGUCUACCAACACAUAUUAAUGCAUACUUUGAGUUGUCAUCAAACCGAAGGGAUAUUUGGUUUGGUAGUGACAUGACAGGGGGUGGAAAAGCACGCUCUGAUUGGAAUAUUUACGUCCUUGAGGAUGUAGUUGCACCUGCUUAUGGUCAUCUGCUUGAAAAAUUGGCAUCAGAAGUUGGCCCAUGUGACCUGUUUUUUACUCUCUGGCCCACAAAAAUUGGACUAGAACCAUGGGCAUCACUUGUGAGGAAGCUCUACAUUUCUAUUGCUGAUCUUGGUCUCCGCGUCCUCUAUACUAAAGCUCGAGGGGGCCAGUGGAUCCCAACCAAACAGGCCAUUUUCCCAGAUUUUGCUUUUCCUCGGGCAACCGAGCUUAUAGAAGCAUUAUCAGAAGCAGGUUUGCCUACAGUUAUUGUCUCUAAGCCAAUGGUGGAGAGAUUCAUGGAAGUUUGCCCAUUGUUGCAUUACCUGACACCUCAAUUGCUGAGGACCCUAUUGAUUCGACGGAAUCGUGGUUUUAAGAACAGGGAUGCUAUGAUCAUGACACUAGAAUACUGCUUAAGUGACAUAAAAGGACCUGGUAACUAUGAUUGUUUGCAUGGUUUACACUUGGUUCCUCUUGCCAGUGGUUUAUUUACGACAUUCAACAGAAAGAGUGAAGGUGAACGAAUAUUUGUUACCAAUGGAGAUGAAUAUGACCUUCUUAAGGAUUCAGUUCCACAUCUUCUGGUAGAUUCCUCUAUUCCAGAAGGAGUUCACAGGAAACUGCAUGAUAUUGCUGCACAUGGGCAUUUAAAUAUCUCUUUGCUUACCUGCCAUCUUCUAGAGGGGCUCUUUCCCAGAUUCCUUCCAGCAGAGUGGCAAAAUGCUAAACAGGUAUACUGGGACCCGGGUCACGAAGGUCAACCAAAUUUAGAAUGGAUGGGUAAACUAUGGAGCUAUUUGAAGUCAUCUUGCGAUGACCUUUCAAUUUUUUCUAGGUGGCCUAUAUUACCAGUUGGAAAAAAUUGCCUUCUACAGCUCGUCAGAAAUUCAAAUGUCAUUAAGGAUGAUGGCUGGAGUGAGAACAUGGCUUCACUGUUGGAGAAAAUGGGAUGUUUCUUGCUGAAGUCUGAUGUGCAAAUUGAUCAUCCGCAACUAAACAAUUUUGUGCAGGAUCCAACUGCAAGUGGCAUACUAGAUGCUUUACUAGGUGUUGCUGGUGAGCCACAGGAAAUUGGGAAACUUUUUGGUGUUGCAUCAGAAGGGGAGCUGCAUGAACUUCGAAGUUUCAUUCUCCAAUCCAAGUGGUUCUCUGCGGACCAGAUGGACUGUAGACACAUUGAAACUAUAAAUCAUCUUCCCGUGUUUGAAUCAUACAGAAGUAGGAAAUUAGUUAGUUUAAGCAAGCCUACUAAAUGGCUGAAACCAGAAGGAGUGCAUGAAGAUCUUUUGGAUGAAGAAUUCAUUCGAACAGAGUCAGAAAGAGAAAAGACCAUUCUAAGAAGCUUUUUGGGGUUGAGAGAGCCUAGAAGGGUUGAAUUUUACAAGGAUUAUGUACUCAAUCGAAUGGCAGAAUUCCUUUCUCGGGAAGGAGCUCUUUCUUCCAUUCUGCAAGAUUUAAAGCUUUUGAUUGAAGAGGAUACUUCUAUUAAAGAUGUACUUUCACAGACAGCUUUUGUUUUGGCAGCUGAUGGGUCAUGGCAACAUCCUUCCAGGCUUUAUGAUCCUCGAAUUGAUGGGUUUAAAGAAUUGCUGCAUCGAGAAUCAUUCUUCCCUUCUGAAAAGUUUUUGGAUGGUGAAACGCUGGACGUUUUAGUUAGCCUGGGACUAAGAAGGACUUUGGGAUUUACAGGCUUACUUGAUUGUGCUUUGUCAGUGUCAAUGAUGCAUGAUUCAGGUGAUCCAGAGGCACUCAAUUACGGAAGGAGGCUACUUGCCUGUUUAGAUGCUCUGGGAUCUAAGCUCUGCAAUGGUCAAGAAGGUAGUGACAAUGAAAUUAGUUCUAAAAUAUUUCAGAGCAGCGAUGUGGUUACUGAGGGUGUGGAGCAUAUGCAUUUACCGAAGACAUAUGUGAAGAACUGCGAUUUGGAUGACGACAUAUUUUCUUGUUUGGGUGAUAUCAUCUGUGAUAAACCAGAAGAGGAAUUUUGGGCAGAAAUGAAAGCAAUACCUUGGUGUCCUGUUUAUGUUAAUCCACCUCUACAAGGACUUCCAUGGCUCUUACCCAAAUGUCAAGUCGCAUGUCCAAGUGUUGUUAGACCUCAAUCACAAAUGUGGUUGGUGUCAUCUAUGAUGCAUAUACUAGAUGGUGAAUGCCAUUCAAGUUACCUUCAAAGUAAACUUGGUUGGGUAGAUUCCCCUAAUAUUGGUGUCUUAACUACUCAGUUAAUUGAGCUAUCCAAGUCUUAUGGUCAGUUGAAGUUUGAUUCUGUGCUCAAAGCUGCCCUUGAUUCUACAUUGCAGAAGGAAAUUCCUAUAAUUUAUCUGAAAUUGCAGGAAUUCAUUUGUUCUGAUGAUUUCAUGGUUGCAAAAUCUGCACUGAGUGGAGUUUCAUGGGUUUGGAUUGGAGAUGAUUUCAUAUCAUCAAAAGCACUUGCAUUUGAUUCUCCUGUUAAAUUUCAUCCAUACCUGUAUGCUGUCCCAUCUGAGUUGUCAGAAUUCAGAGAUUUGCUAUUAGCAUUAGGUGUGAGACCAACAUUUGAUUCUAUUGACUACUUCCAUGUUCUACAGCGUUUACAACAUGCUGUUAAAGGAUCACCGUUGUUACCCGAGCAGUUAAGUUUUGUUAGUUGUGUCCUUGAAGCUGUUGCAGACUGUUAUUCAGACAAACGGUUGUCUGAGAAAUCUAAUAACCCGUUACUAGUUCCGGAUUCAUCUGGUAUUCUGAUGUCUGCAAUGGACCUUGUGUACAAUGAUGCGCCAUGGAUGGAGAAAAAUGCUUUUGCUGCAAAGCAUUUUGUACAUCCAAGUAUUAGCAAUGACUUGGCAAGCAGGCUGGGUAUACAAUCACUUCGCUGUUUAUCUUUAGUUGAAGAGGAAAUGACGAAGGAUUUGCCUUGCAUGGACUAUUCUCGUAUAAGUGAACUUCUGGAUUUAUAUGGGAACAAUGAUUUUUUGUUGUUUGAUCUUCUUGAGUUGGGAGACUGCUGCCAGGCAAAGAAGCUGCACCUAAUACUUGACAAACGGGAACAUCCUCGCCAGUCUCUGCUCCAGCACAAUCUAGGUGAAUUUCAGGGGCCAGCUUUAUUAGCUAUUCUUGAAGGGGCUACCUUGAGCAGGGAUGAAGUAAGCAGUCUCCAGCUUCUUCCUCCUUGGACGCUUCGGGGCAGUAUACUAAACUAUGGUUUGGGACUUCUUAGCUGUUAUUUCGUAUGUGAUCUCCUAUCAAUUGUUUCCAGUGGCUACUAUUACAUGUUUGACCCCUGUGGUUUGGCUCUUGGUUUGCCUUCAAACCCAGUCCCCUCUGCCAAAAUGUUUUCUCUGACAGGUAGAUUAUGUUCUUACCCAUCAAUUGAUGUGGGUCAAGGAAAGAUUGUUGAAUUAAUUGUGAAAAGGGUUCUGGAAGAAUUGGUCAGUAGCACACAUUUGGAUGAAUGCAAAUACCCUAUUGGUAUAGAUUCCCGUGUUAAGGAAAUAUUACCUUUACUAAGUAUUGGUUCCAAUGAUAUUCAAUUCAUAGGAAUUUGUGGUUCCCGUGGCAUUGGGAAGACAACCAUUGCUAAGAUUGUCUAUAAUGGCAUCCUUUCAACCUUCAAGAAAGGGAAAAAAUUGAUAGAACACCAUCUUUGCAAUGAAAAGGUUCUUCUUGUUCUUGAUGAUGUGGAUAAUAAAGAACAAGUAGAUGCUUUGGCUGGUGAACUCAAUUGGUUUGGUCAAGGAAGUAGAGUCAUUAUAACAUCCAGUUCUGAACAUAUCUUGAAUGUGGCAAAAGUUGAUAAAGAUAAAAUCUAUUGGCUUCAAAGGCUGGACAUUGAGGAAUCUCUUAAACUAUUUAGUUUGCAUGCAUUUUCUAUGGAUGAACCUCCUCAAGAAUAUAUGCAACUUUCACAUGAUAUGGUACGUUAUUCUGUAGGGUUGCCUUCAAUUCUAGAGAUUCUUGCAUCUUUACGUAGGCAGAGAAAGAAGAUGUGGCCUAUGAAAGACAAUCCUGUUGGUUGUCACCCACUAUUUCUUGGAACCAUUGGAAUCAACAACCCUGUUGCUAAAGUAUCUAAAGUCCUCGGGGGAUGUCUGCCUCUAAAUGGCACAACUACUAAUACGGUUGGCAAGCAGUUCACUGAAGGAAAUCUGAAUCUAAAUGGCUCCACAGCUAUUGAUAGAGUUGACAAUAAAUUGUUGACAGUAGCAGAGAUCCGAACGGCAACAGAGAACUUUGAUAAAUCAAUGGUGACUGGAAUUGGUGGCUUUGGCAUCUUUAGAUGGAAUUAUGUGUUGGGGUCGCUGCAUCAGCACGAAAAGGGCAAUAUCAGAUCCUUCUCACAGGUUAAAAAGGCCUCUUCUUCUCAGGCCACUUCUUCAAUGGUGAAAACAGCUAAGAAGGUCGGCGACGAGAAAUUGAAGCAGUCAGAGGAGCCGCUCAGGAAAGUUAUGUACCUCAGCUGUUGGGGACCCAACUGA